UGAUGUGAAUGCAUUGACUGAACAAAGUGCGCGACGGAGGCCGAGCGACCCUUGAUCCGGAACUCCUGCUAGUCCUUUAGUCAGCCGUCCCUGUCGGCUCUUCGAAGCCACCGAGCGCAUCCAUCGUUCCUCCAAGAAGCCAGAAAAUCGUGUGUCAGCCGCACAACGAGCUCACGAAGCGCGUCAUAAAGUCUAUUCAGCUCUACAUAUAAAGGCUUGCGUGCAAAGUAUCAUAGCUGACAUCGUAGGAUAUGCUUACUGGUCUCACAGCUCGCACGCCUUUGCGCUUCCUCGCAUCCAGCCUGUAUCUGUCGAGUUUGCGCCCGUCAAACUUGCGCCCGGCCAACCUCCAAACGCUGAACCUCCCGAAUCCAUUUCCGCGCACGAUGUCUACCUCUACCUUCGCACUCGACCCUACAAUCUUUAACAGGACCCUGUACAAAAAGAUAACAGACAUAUGGUUCCCUGGCGUCGACACAAGUGGCAAGGAGUUUGAUAUGAGCAUCGCAAAGCGCUGGUUCGCAGGCAGUCCUGAAGAGCGACUUGCCCUCGACGGCCAAUGUAGAGAUGUCUGCGCCAGUGCACUUGAAGCCGUUGGCCCAGAAAAGUUCCCAGAAGCGAAUGCGCAACCCUUCCUAGACGAGAUUGCGCGCGUUGCGGAGGAAGAGAACAAGGCAAAUGGUGCGCCAGGAGAAGACGCUGCAUGGACAGCACUGAGCUUCGCACUCCUAUUAGACCAGAUGCCUCGCAAUAUCUACCGCACAGAAGAAGGGCUGCGCCUAGUGUAUGGGCAUUAUGAUCGCAUGGGCGAUGCGCUCGUUCGCAGCCUUCUAUCACCCUCAUCGCCCAUUGGUCGCCCUGAUGAACAUCCUGCCAUCCGUCUCUCUGCAGCGCAUAGGACCUGGCUUUACAUGCCGCUUAUGCACUCUGAAGAUUUGUGCGCACACGAUCUCGCCGACAAAAUAGUAGCGGAGUUCGCACGGGAACUCGAGGGGUUGGAUGGGUACAACGGCACGAAGAUGUGGAUUGAGAACUACCAGAAAGCUGCAAAGGAACACAGGGAUAUAUUGGAGCGCUUUGGUAGGUAUCCACAUAGGAACGCUGCCUUGGGUAGGGUUAGUACAGAAGAGGAGCGCAGGUUUAUGGAGGAAGGCGGAGCUACAUUUGGUGUUGCGCAGACUCAGAAGGAUAAAACGGCGAAGCUAGAUGAGACGUAGAUAAUCUAGUACAUGUUGGAAUACUGCUAUCCUCGCAAUGGUCUUUUGACGCGUGUGCGUGUGAGUGUCAUUGAAGUUGUUCCUGACAAAUGUGUUGACAGUAUAACACAAACAUAAUACUAAAUUAUAACCGCAAUGCAGGUAUUGCCUACAUCACAAUAUAGAGUAUCACAUCGAGGCGCAAAACUGUCUAAAUAACCUACCUAAUAUGCAAAAAGAGUGUCUGCUGCUAGUCCUGGUCGUUCUGACACCGUCAGAGCCUCUAGAAGAGCAAAAAGAUGGGUCUUACCGCGACUCGAACGCGGGGCCUCUCGCAAGCUGUGCUUGGGUUUGCAAGCAUCCGAAGAUG